AUGGCAGCGCCAGGCGGCAGGUCGGAGCCGCUGCAGCUCCCCGAGUACAGCUGCAGCUACGUGGUGUCGCGGCCGGUCUACAGCGAGCUCGCUUUCCAGCAACAGCACGAGCGGCGUCUGCAGGAGCGCAAGACGCUGCGGGAGAGCCUGGCCAAGUGCUGCAGUUGUUCAAGAAAGAGAGCCUUUGGUGUGCUAAAGACUCUCGUGCCCAUCUUGGAGUGGCUCCCCAAAUACCGAGUCAAGGAAUGGCUGCUUAGUGACAUCAUUUCGGGAGUUAGUACUGGGCUAGUGGCCACGCUGCAAGGGAUGGCAUAUGCUCUACUAGCUGCAGUUCCUGUUGGAUAUGGUCUCUACUCUGCUUUUUUCCCUAUCCUGACAUACUUCAUCUUUGGAACAUCAAGACAUAUCUCAGUUGGACCUUUUCCAGUGGUGAGUUUAAUGGUGGGAUCUGUUGUUCUGAGCAUGGCCCCCAACGAACACUUUCUCAUAUCCAGCAGCAAUGGAACUGUGUUAAAUACUACCAUGAUAGACACUGCAGCUAGAGAUACAGCUAGAGUCCUCAUUGCCAGUGCCCUGACUCUGCUGGUUGGAAUCAUACAGUUGAUAUUUGGCGGCUUGCAGAUUGGAUUCAUAGUGAGGUACUUGGCAGAUCCUUUGGUUGGUGGCUUCACAACAGCUGCUGCCUUCCAAGUGCUGGUCUCACAGCUAAAGAUUGUCCUCAAUGUUUCAACCAAAAACUAUAAUGGAGUUCUCUCUAUUAUCUAUACACUGGUUGAGAUUUUUCAAAAUAUUGGUGAUACCAAUCUUGCUGAUUUCACUGCUGGAUUACUCACCAUUGUCGUCUGUAUGGCAGUUAAGGAAUUAAAUGAUCGGUUUAGACACAAAAUCCCAGUCCCUAUUCCUAUAGAAGUAAUUGUGACGAUAAUUGCUACUGCCAUUUCAUAUGGAGCCAACCUGGAAAAAAAUUACAAUGCUGGCAUUGUUAAAUCCAUCCCAAGGGGGUUUUUGCCUCCUGAACUUCCACCUGUGAGCUUGUUCUCGGAGAUGCUGGCUGCAUCAUUUUCCAUCGCUGUGGUGGCUUAUGCUAUUGCAGUGUCAGUAGGAAAAGUAUAUGCCACCAAGUAUGAUUACACCAUCGAUGGGAACCAGGAAUUCAUUGCCUUUGGGAUCAGCAACAUCUUCUCAGGAUUCUUCUCUUGUUUUGUGGCCACCACUGCUCUGUCCCGCACGGCCGUCCAGGAGAGCACUGGAGGAAAGACACAGGUUGCUGGCAUCAUCUCUGCUGCAAUUGUGAUGAUCGCCAUUCUUGCCCUGGGGAAGCUUCUGGAACCCUUGCAGAAGUCGGUCUUGGCAGCUGUCGUAAUUGCCAACCUGAAAGGGAUGUUUAUGCAGGUGUGUGACAUUCCUCGUCUGUGGAGGCAGAAUAAGAUUGAUGCUGUUAUCUGGGUGUUUACGUGUAUAGUGUCCAUCAUUCUGGGGCUGGAUCUCGGUUUACUAGCUGGCCUUAUAUUUGGACUAUUGACUGUGGUCCUGAGAGUUCAGUUUCCUUCUUGGAAUGGCCUUGGAAGCAUCCCUAGCACAGAUAUCUACAAAAGUACCAAGAAUUACAAAAAUAUUGAAGAACCUCGAGGAGUGAAGAUUCUUAGAUUUUCCAGUCCUAUUUUCUAUGGCAAUGUUGAUGGUUUUAAAAAAUGUAUCAAGUCCACAGUUGGAUUUGAUGCCAUUAGAGUAUAUAAUAAGAGGCUGAAAGCACUGAGGAAAAUACAGAAACUAAUAAAAAAUGGACAAUUAAGAGCAACAAAGAAUGGCAUCAUAAGUGAUGCUGGUUCAACAAAUAAUGCUUUUGAGCCUGAUGAAGAUAUUGAAGAUCCGGAGGAACUUGAUAUCCCAACCAAGGAAAUAGAGAUUCAAGUGGAUUGGAACUCUGAGCUUCCAGUCAAAGUGAACGUUCCCAAAGUGCCAAUCCAUAGCCUUGUGCUUGACUGUGGAGCUAUAUCUUUCCUGGACGUUGUUGGAGUGAGGUCACUGCGGGUGAUUGUCAAAGAAUUCCAAAGAAUUGAUGUGAAUGUGUAUUUUGCAUCACUUCAAGAUUAUGUGAUAGAAAAGCUGGAGCAAUGCGGGUUCUUUGACGACAACAUUAGAAAGGACACAUUCUUUUUGACGGUCCAUGAUGCUAUACUCUAUCUACAGAACCAGGUGAAAUCUCAAGAGGGUCAAGAUUCCAUUUUAGAAACGAUCACCCUCAUUCAAGACUGUAAAGAUACCCUUGAAUUAAUAGAAACAGAGCUGACGGAAGAAGAACUUGAUGUCCAGGAUGAGGCUAUGCGUACACUUGCAUCCUGAAAGUGGGCUCGGGAGGUCUCCAUGAGCAAGGAAUACAAGACAAAACUUCCUCACUGCAUUGACUGUUUCUUCAGACUCAAAACACUCAUUCCUUUUUCUAUUAAGCCAUUGAAAGAGAAGCACUAAAACUGUUUCUAGGCUUUAUUUAUAAAAUAAACACCUUAUCCCUAACAUGUGCAAAAUGGUGAGAAUUAUUCAGACGAUUUGGCAGCGUCCAGGAUAAGCUGGUGUUAUAAUAUGCUGCUGAUCCACAUCACAGAUUUGCUAAUAAUGUUCACGUGGGUACUGGCAUACCUCUGUUCAGUUAGAGCGAGUGCUGACCCAACAGCCUCUGUGGUCAAGUGAGUCACGAAUGAUUAAUCAUAAAGAAAAAUCAGUUUUUGACUGACCUGGAUAUCCAUGAGCUGCACUGAUCACCAUGUAAGGUCACAUUUAGUAAAUGCUGAAAUAAAAUUAUUAAUGUGUUCAUCAAUAAAAGCCUUUGAAAAUAACUCUGGAUAAUAAGUUGGAGUUUUAAAAAUGCAAAUUUGCUUAGUAUCUAAUAAUGAAGUGUUAUUACAUAUAGCCGGAAUUGAGGAUCUCUUUGAUCCUGGAAAUGGUUUACCUAAAAGCUACAGAACCAGGCCAAUAUAUUUUGAAACAUUGAUGCAGACAAAUGAAAUAAUAAAGAAAUUUUCAUGGUUUAUAAAAAUCAUUUUUUUGAUAUGAUAAUAAUCAUGAUCACCACUGAGAUCAAAGAAAAAUAUAUGACAGAUUAUUUUGUUUAAAAAUCAGUUUUAAUUAUCUUAGUCUAUAGAGAUGAUCAUUGCAUGGAGGCAUAUAUAGGUAUGAUCUGUGUAAAAUCUGACAUAAAAACAGUGCUAUUCUGAGUGAAAAAUUUUUUGAUGUGCUUAUAUAACCAUGGUGAUUAAAAUGAGUUUAUAUUUUUUCUCAAAAAUUUUAGCAGUAUGUAAAGUACGUAAUCUUUAACUGAACUCUGACCACUUAAAAAAAAUCUAAAAACUGAACUACCUAUGUAGUCUAUGUUUAAAGUGAAUUUUUAAAGACAAAGCAUUCUAAAUGAACUCAGUAUAAAAACAUUCAUUUGGAAUGUACAUACUGAAAAAUACAGGUUUUUUUGACCAAAAGUUUUUAUAUAUUUUCUUUUUAUUUAUUUUUUUCCUAAGUGCCAACAAUUUUCUAGGUAUUAUAUACAACACAGGCUUUGAUCUUGGGGACUUUUCCCAUAUAUUUCACACUGGAGUGAAUGAAGUUGUACUUCAUUGUUAGAGAAACGUAAUAUCCAGGUCCCCAGUUGAGAAUGUCUUGCUUGAUUGAAAACUACACCAUCCCUUGGUAUACUCCAGGGAUUGGUUCCAGGACCCCUGCAUUUACCAAAAUUUGUACACACUCAAGUCCUGCAGUCACCCCUGCCUAAAGGUAGAAUGGUUUCUCUGUUUUUCUUCUGAAAUACAACCAGAAACGAUGUGUCUAUUUCUGAAAGAAUACGAUUAAUGAUCAUACAAAUUGGUUAAUCCUGAAUUCUGGUUGUAAAUCUGGUUACAGCAUAACUAGGAUUAUAAUGCUGCCUCAUUUUCACAGCACUACUUGCUUAUAUUGACAACAAAUCAUCUCGCUAAAGAGUGAAUGUAGGCCAGGAACGGUGGCUCACGCCUGUAAUCCCAGCACUUUGGGAGGCCAAGGCGGGUGGAUCACGAGGUCAGGAGAUCGAGACCAUGCUGGCUAACAUGGUAAAACCCCGUCUCUAAUAAAAAUAGAAAAAAAGAAAUUAGCCGGGCUUGGUGGCUGGCGGGCGCCUGUAGUCCCAGUUAUUUGGGAGGCUAAGACAGGAGAAUGGCGUGAACCUGGGAGGCGGAGCUUGCAGUGAGCCGAGGUCGUGCCACUGCAAUCCAGCCUGGGCGACAGAGCAAGACUCCGUCUCAAAAAAAAAAACAAAAAAACAAAAAAACAAAAAAACAGUGAAUGUAAUAGUCUUGCAGAAAAUGAAUGAAUACCUUUGUUCAAUAAAGGAAAUAUGCACUGCUCACUUUUUUGAAGGAAAUGCCAAAGUUACGUUUUAUAACAAGGCUAGAGUUUGUAAAUUCUGGGUUCAUUUGUGAUGACAUAAGUCAGCAAACUGUGAGAAUACUGUCUUUUCUAUGUAUUUUGUGAAUAGUAAGCAUAAUAUUAGUUUUGUAUUAUCAAUGAAAAUUUCACUUGAAAUUAAAGCUGCCUUUUGUUAUAUUUUUAACCUAUAGGAUAAGAUUCCAGUAUUGUAUAUGAGUUUUAAUAAAUUAAAAAAUCAAAUCAUGUACAUUUGAAAAUAUUUGCACACAUUUAAAAAUAAAUGUAAUGUUGUCUUUUAAACUACUCGGAUGUGUCCUUUCUGAACAAAA